GUCUUUGGGAGGGUUUAAAUCCUGCUUCGGAGCCUCUCCUGGGCAUUCCCACCGGGCACCAUGGUCUCCUCCUCCAUCAGCCUGGCCCUCUUUGUGGGCAUCGCUGCUCUCUUGGUCGAGCUUCCCAGUGCAACAGCCAAGGAGCGGCCUGGAUACUGCCAGGAGUUGCCGGUCCCGUCCUCGGACCCUUUGGCCAAGAGCGGCUGCAAAACGUGCAACGUGGACGCCGACUGUCCCCGGAUGGAUAAGUGCUGUGGUUCCCCGUGCGGCAACACCUGCAAGGUGCCAGAGACAAACCGCUGCCGCCUUCCCCCCGUCACCGGACCCUGCAAAGCCCGCCUGCCACAUUUCUACUACAACUGGGGCAAGAAGAGGUGCGAGGAGUUCAUCUACGGGGGAUGCCGUGGCAACCUGAACAGGUUCAAGACCAAGGAGGAGUGCCAGCGGGCCUGCAAGGGCAAAGGGUCAGAGUAGAGCGGAAGCGGACGUGGAAGCAGGAGCCACGGCUCCCAAUGGACGGAGGACCCCAAGAACCAGCCCCCCCACCCUACCCGUUGCCCCCUUUCCUGCCUUUGCCCCCUCCCUCCCUCCCUCCCUCCCUCCCUUUUGCAGCCACAAAGUCGGCCUGAAGCCACCUGGGGCAAGUGGGCCGGGCUGGUGGGCUUCCGUGAGCAUGGCAGGAA